AUGCAAACAAACCCGGCCGCAUCAGCCGACUCGAAUCGUGAGACAUCGUCCCCAGAUAUCUUAAAUAACGAUGCUAGUGUGCGGAAUCCCAACGUCCCCGAGGCCUCUGAUGAGAAGCCGCAAAGAGAUUUUCGGUUCUGGGCCAUCAUCAUCGCGCUCUGUACGGUCUCUUUGCUCUCUGCCGCCGAGAAUACUGUCGUCGUCACUGCUUUACCUACGAUCGUCGAGAAGCUUAAUGUCGGCCAGGAUUACGUGUGGAUUAGCAAUAUCUUCUUCUUAACGAGCGCGGCUAUUCAGCCUUUAUGUGGGCAAUUAUCAAACCUCUUCGGGCGACGUCACUUAGCUCUGUCUAUCGUCGCCAUCUAUAUCAUAGGUAGCGGAAUAUGUGGUGGUGCGAAAAACUCGGCUAUGUUGAUCGCCGGAAGAGCAAUCCAGGGCAUGGGCUCAGGCGGUAUUAAUAUGAUCAUCGAUAUCAUCGUAUCAGAUCUCGUCCCACUGAGGCAGCGCGGCAAUUUCAUCGCAAUAAUCAUAGCUAUAUAUGGGGGUGUUAUCGUCGAAAACACAUCGUGGAGAUGGGUGUUUUAUAUAAACUUGCCUAUUGGCGGGUUAGCAUUCAUACUCUUAUUUUUAUUCCUCCGCGUCAAAUGGGAUAGGUCUACGACGGCCUACGAGAAGAUACGGCAAAUCGACUAUAUCGGCAAUGCAAUUUUAAUCGCAUCCACGGUGUCUAUUCUGAUCGCUCUGACCUGGGCGGACGUGUUAUAUCCUUGGAAGUCAUGGCACAUCCUGGUACCCCUGGUGGUUGGGGUUGGCGGCCUUGUACUGUUUGUGGUUUUUGAAGGCUUGCCCUUCGUAGUCGAGCCAGUCAUGCCCCUUCGUUUAUUUAGCAACCGUACCGCUGUCAUCGUAUACGUUAUCUCCUUUUUGAACUCGGCUGAGAAUUACUGGCAGUUCUUUUUCAUUCCGCUCUACUUCCAAAGCGUUCGAUUAUCCUCGCCGUCGCAAUCUGGCGUGGAAUUGUUAGUAUAUAGUCUCGUGGGGAUACCGGGGGCUGCCAUCGCAUUGCUGAUGCUGUCUAGAUGGGGUAGAUAUAAGAUUAUUCACAUUAUCGGCUCUGCUAUGUUUACCCUUGGGUUAGGGCUCCUCAGCAUCAUGGACCAAAGCACCAGCACGGCGGCUUGGAUUUGGAUCAACAUAGUAACAGCGCUGGGGACAAGCAUGCUCACGAAUACGCUACUCCCUGCUUUUCAGGCCUCUCUCAAAGAAGAGGACCAGGCGGCUGCUACGGCAAGCUGGAAUUUUAUCCGAAGCUUCGGCAAUGUAUGGGGCGUGGCGAUCGCGGCAGCUAUCUUCAACAGCUUUACCGCAUCGUACGCGCCGAUGAUAGAGGACCCUAGAGCUAGAGCGCUGUUGACGUCGGGGAACUCGUACGCAAGCGCGACAAAGGCAUUCGUGGAAUCGUUCGAGGAACCUGCGAGGCAGCAAAUCAGGACCGUCUUCACGCUGUCUCUUCAGAAGGUGUUCCUUAUCGGAGUACCGCUGUCCGGCUUUGUCUUUCUCUCGGUUCUCUUUGAAAAAGAAGUAAAGUUGAGAACAGAGUUGAAGACCGAGUUUGGUCUCGAAGAACGAAAGACGGGUACUUAAUAAUAGUCAACUUGAACGGAAUACGAGAUAGUUGAUUUUAUACAUUUUUAAAUUGCUUUUUUGAUACUCUUCUUAUUCAAUGAAUAACUAGG